CACACACACACACACACACCCCUUCCUGGUUGAUGAGGGUAACUUGUGCGCGCGCGUGCGCGUCCUCUAACACAGAACAGAGUUUAACAGCGAGUCUAGCGCAUGUUACAAACUCCGCGCACGAGCUAAUCAGAGUUUUUGUGGACACUUUAACUUUUUUCUGGUUUAAAAAAAAUCCAAAACAACAACAACAACAACAACAAGAGCCAUUUCCCUACUGAGAUACUGAGAUGUUCGGGUAACAUCUUCGUUCUGCUGUAAACUGGAUGGUUUGUGUGGAGGAACGGAAGGAGAAGCAGCUCGCGCACAGAAGGAGCUGCGCGUGCAGUGAAGGAGCUGCGCGUGCAGCCAGACAACAGGAACAGGAGAAAACAACAAAAACAACAACAACAACAAUAUUUACAAUAAUAAUAAUAAAAGGAAGAAUGAAGAGGACUUGUGGCGCAUUUUUACACGUUUAAACACCUAACACGAGGAUAUUGUGAGGAUUUCUGUCAUCCAGACGUGAGUACAGUUAAGGAGAUGUCUGUGAGUGUUUGAUCAUCUGCCAUGGCGAUGAAGGAGCUUCCUGUACCUGGAGUUUUGAUUCCUGCUGCUGUGCUGCUGUGCGUUCUCGUUGGAGUUGGAGGUGAGCAGCCUGUGCUGAGGGUGAAACAGGGAGGUUCUGCGCUGCUGAAUUGCCCCCUCAGUCCUCCUGCAGAAAAGGUUUCGUCUGCUCCGCUGCACGUCGUCGAGUGGGUGCGUCGGGAUUACGACAUUCCCAUCCUCAUCAAGUUCGGAGCACAUGCACCAAGAGUGCAUCCCAGAUAUGAAGGUCGAGUGUCUCUGGCCGAGGGAACGGCUCUGAGGGUAAAGGAUCUGGUCCAGGAGGAUGGAGGCUGGUACGAGUGUCGCAUCCUGCUGCCUGAUAAAUCCUCAGAGGAGACUCGGAACGGCAGCUGGACGCUUCUGUCAGUCACAGCCCCGCCUGUGUUUACUGAAACUCCGCCCUCGAUCACAGAAGCCUUGUUCGGAAGACCAAUCACAUUGAAGUGUGUUGCCAAUGGCAACCCUCCUCCCACCAUAGUGUGGUAUAAAGAAGGUGUUGUCGUCAACCAGACCAGCGUGAACCAUGUUAACGUGAUGGUCCUGAAUGGGAGUCUGACGUUUUCUUCUGCAAGCAGAGAGACAGCAGGACGUUAUCAGUGCCAAGCCUCUAACAGCGAGGGAAAUGAAAUUCACACCACGCAGCUCAGGGUCAAAGGUCCACCGUUUAUCCUGAUUCCCCCGACGGACACUGUCCUCAAUAUGUCCCACGAUGCCUUGCUGCGGUGCCAGGCUGAGGCCGAUCCUCCCAACAUGACCUACGUGUGGAUGAGAGACGGAGACAACGUCUACCAUAUAGAAUCUCUGAAGUCUCGUGUGAAGGUGAUGGUAGACGGAACGCUACUCAUAUCUAAAUUAAUCCCCAAGGAUUCUGGGAAAUACACGUGUAUGCCUACGAAUGGCCUUCUGACUCCACCUACUGCCUCAGCCACACUUACAGUGCGACACCCAGCGCAGGUCACCCAGAUGCCCGAGCAGAUCUUCCUGCCUACAGGAAUGAGAGGAGUGAUCUCCUGCCCGCUGCUUUCGGACCCCCCGCUGCUCCGAGUGGACUGGACCAAAAACGGAAAAGCGCUGGACCCGAACGCCUACCCAGGCUGGAUCCUGACCUCAGAUGGUUCCAUUGUCAUCACUACGGCUAACGACGACGCGGUGGGCGUGUACACCUGCACUCCGUAUAACAGUUACGGUACGAUGGGCCAAUCAGAGCACACCACCGUCCUCCUUCAGGACCCUCCGUCGAUUGCACUCGCUCCCCAGAAGGAGUACAGUACGGAGGCGGGAAGGACGCUGAUCGUCCCCUGCCAGGCACGCGGAGAUCCUCCACCUACAGUCACAUGGGCCAAGCUCAGUCCCUCUGUCUCUCCCCCUCUGUACUCUGUAUCAGAAAGCGGUUCUCUGCUCCUUCAGUCUGUGAGUAAAGAUCAUUUUGGUGAGUGGGAGUGCAGUGUGACGAACAGAGUCUCCACCAUCAGAGCCACCACCACUGUCAUAGUGCUCGGUACAAGUCCUCAUGCUGUGUCUUCCGUUUUCGCUGAAGUCGGAGAACACCAAGCCAAUGUGUCCUGGGUGCCUGGAUUUGAUGGAGGAUUUACACAAACUUUCACCGUCUGGUUGAAGUGUGUGUGUGAAGAUGAGGAGCAGCAGGACUGGCACUCGGCUCCUGGUCCUUCCUCCAGCACCAGCGUGCUGGUCAGUGAUCUUCUUCCCUCCACCGAGUACCAGUUCAGCGUGAUGGCUCACAAUAAGCUGGGCAGCGGCCCAUUUAGUAACAUCACUACCGCACGGACCAUGGACGCACUUCCCACAUCGCCCAAGCUGGAACCGCCCACGGUGCUGUACUUUAACCAGAGCUCUGAGGGUGUUUAUCUACAUUGGGCGGUGCCUUCACCUCAGCAGCUACCUAUCGACAGUUUUGUCCUCCAAUCACGUCUCGAGGAGGGGGAGUGGUCGACUUUGGAUGAGGACAUCGAUGCGAAUAAAAGCGAAAUGCUUGUUCGGGGAUUGCGAAAGAACUCCAACUAUGAGUUAAGACUCCUGUCUCGUCGUGGAGAGCAGCUGAGCAUGCCCAGUCACUCGAUCAACAUCUCCACUCUCGUUAUGGAUAAUCCUAGUUCACGCCUCCCAGAGAUGGAGCCUCAGCCACUAUGGACCGGAGUCAUGAUUGGGAUGGGAGUCCUGUGCCUUUUACUUCUGGUACUCUUGGUCACGGUGUGUUUGAUCGGCCGUAAAAGAAACCGGCAACACAGGAAGAUGAUGCGAGAUCACGCCCCUGCUGCUCCUAGGAAAGCUAGCUCAGCCCCUGACAGUCCUGACAGUGUAUUAAAACAGAAGCUCCUCCCCCUUCGCCCACUCUCCAGUUCCUCCUCUUCCUCAAACCACUCCUCCUUGGACAAAUCCAACCGUAAUGAUUAUCCUGACCAAAAACAUCACCAACUCCCACGCACCCAACCUCCUUCCCACGGCUCAGAACACGAGAGCCAACUCCGUCGUUCCUCCACCGUGGACCUCAUUCACCGUGGGCCAGAUGGCCGAUUCAUGCUUGGGGCAUAUGAAGAACUUAGCACGUUAGAUCUCGCUCCAUCCAUGCAUGAAAUGUCAAUGCGAGCUUUUUCACGCUCAUCUGAGCGACCCGUGAAUGCAACACUACGCAAAUCGCAAUCAAUGCGCUCUUACAGGGGUGACAGAAAGCAUCCUCCUUUCGUCCUUUCUGUAGACAUGCCUUCUUGUGGAUUGGACAUUUCUUCUGGUAGAUCGCAAACGUUGCCUAGAUAUGGCUGCUACUCUGUGUCUUUGGGAAAGGAGAUCUCAACUAGAUCAAGUCUGGCUUCUGAAAUCAGUGGUUCGGUUCUCUACACACCAUCAGACGACUGUUCGACGCUUAAGUAUGGCGGCACUCAUUCUACAGCCAGCACAAUCGUUCUGCAAAUGGAGCAUGAAAAAGAACAAGGCAACCUCAGUCGUUGUCUUACGCUGGCCCGAGAGAGAGAGAAGCUGGAGCGGGAGUUGCGCAAGUACACUCUGGACCAUAACUUUCAGUCAAGAGAAGCGGAAGUCAAGAGAGGUGGAUCACUCCGAGUGGAGAGUAGGAGUAGGGAAAUUGAGGAAAGAGACUGGAAAGAUUUUGGAUCAUUACAAGUUACACAUCUGUCCAACAGAGGGCAGUGUCUAUCCAGUAACACCCUUACACCGAGAGUUCGAGCUUCGUCAUGUAUUCCGUGGGAGGCUGGAUAUAUAAUGUCUCCCAGUAAUCUUUUGCAAACACAAAAUUGCCACAAAGAGACCUUUGAGUUACUGAAGGACUCUCAUUUAAACAAAAUGUCAAACCAAAGGAGGUCUAAAAGUCUAGAGCGAGGAGAGCACCAAAGAUCAGGUGUAAAAGAUCAGCGGCGAAGGCGAACCAUAACUGAAGGUGCCCCUGUCAAUUUUGAUAAUAAUCCUUCAGACCCAACAUGGGAAAGAUCUCAUUAUAGCGUUCAGGGCAGCCUGAAGUAUCCUCUAGCUUACAAUCACAGUCAGCAACAUAUUUUCCCACGAAGGAGUCACUUGGGAAAUACACAACAAGGAGGAAAAGCAGAGAAAAGCAGAGAGAAGGUUGGCUGUGCAGCUGAUUAUGUGGAGAUGUGUGUGGAUGAGCCAGAGAUACAUGCUCAGAAUCCCCUAACGAGGGCCCCGCCGCAGUCCAUGGAUUUUCAGAGACCCAGUUUAAGUCAGCUGCAGAUGGAGACAGAAAGACAAUCAGGGUACAAAACCGUUCAAAAAGGCUCGAGAAGAGACCUGCUGAGGAUGAGUAGUGGGUCUAGUAGAACCCUUCCUUCAAAACAUCGACAAAGCCCAGCUUUCCAGGAUGGUCUUUGUGGGACUUCUCAAGACAUAAAUCACCACAAAAGUGCCCCUAGUUUGGAGGAUAAAAUGUACAGUGAGAAAUUCCUGCCCCCUGAUGCUUGGAUUGACUCGCUAAGCACGGGGCAAAAUUCCUACCUGUCUCCUUUGCCAAGUGAAGAAGAGAACCGGACAAUGCAGAGUCAAGAAGCUCAGCCAUGUACACUUGCAGAAAAUCAGCUACAAGACUCCCACCAUCAGCAGGCCCCUAAUAGUGCCUCUACCGUUGAUCAAGCCCGUCAGUGCCACGGUCCGCCUUCCUUGCCUUCAGAGGAUUCCAGCUGGCCUCUAAUGCAUUGCUACUCUCCAGAACCCGAGGGAAGUUGCCGGAGCUAUGCCAGCCAUAGCAGUGGCAGAGGAAGUCUGGAUCAGCCGAGCAGCAGGCAGUCUUUGUCUUUUAGCCCACCUCUAAACAGCUCUCUAGAGAUCCCAGAGGGAAGCGAUAGAGAGGAGGCCGGCCAGCGCUCACUAAAGGAAUGCUAUAGGAGAGAUUCUGUUGACGAGAACUACGAGUGGGAUUCGCACUACAUUUCUGUGAACUCUACUGACCUGAAAACGUCAAUCAGUACAGCCUGCCUGCAGGGGGAGAUCCUGAGCAGGGGAAGACAGAGGAGCGCAUUGAACGACAGCAGGCUGGCUUUAAAGCAGGAAAAGAAAGGUCUGUAUCGCACGAUUAGCAUUUUACCCCCAAGUUGUGAAGAGUCUCUACUGGAGCAAGAAAUUCAACAUGGCUCUAUGUGCUACCCUGACCCUGACCCCACUGCUGAGGCUGUGCGAUUCUGAGUCUUAAGAGAUCCACUGCAGGAUCCAAACAUGGUGGAGCAGCGAGAACAGAUCUUAUCGUCACACACCUUCGAAACGCUAGAGACUCGCCUCGACGAGACGCCAACAAAGCAAAACAGAACCAAGAUGCAGAACUUUUUUUUUUUUCCUUCUUUAUUUUUAGCUUUCGGUGUUCAGAAUAUCCACAUCCCUUACCACAGGAAAAAAAAUGUUCGCUCUAAUAGCCGUUAGGUGGAAAUAUGCAAAUGAAGGCAGUCUGAUUAUAUUCCUGGACCAUUCCAGUCCAGUGCUGGUGACAUCUCAGUGACAUUUGGAUUGGGGAUAAUUUCAGUGUGGAAUUGAGGAGAGCGUCUCCGAUCGGUCGCACUCGCCAGACUCAAAAGGAUGAAGGAAACGAAUCCCUCGUUUCAUCACUCGUCUGAGAUUAAACCGAGCACGAAAGUGACUCGAGAACCUGCUGGAAAUAAGCUGCUGUGAUCUUUCAGCACUGUGAUUCACACUUCCUGUAUCUGCCAAUGCUAAAAAAAAAAGUUUAUGCCAAGAACGGAACAGGUCUAAAUGGAGGAAGGUCUUUAGUCCAGAUGGUCAGAUUCUGUAUUUUUGAGUAUUUCAGAUGGACGCGGUUCGAAGUAAACUUCCUCCGCUGCGGUCCGCGGCGCGUGGACAUCGAUAUCGAUCUGCGCUCUGAGACACAGUGCUGGGAUUAAAGGCCUGACCAGUUGUGAGGAAAAGUUCUAAAGAGAAGGAUUUCUUUUUACACUCGUUGCCUUUGAGAAGAACAUGAGAGGAUGUGAACUGUGAUUGGUCCAUCGAGGGCAGAAUCCGUUAUAUCAUGUGAAAACGGCUUGAUGGAAGUUCACUUUUUUAUUUUAAACAACAAGAAAAAACCUUUCAUGAAGGAUGACAGUGAAACAAGAAAAGACAAGCUUUAACUGUUUACUAAAUAUUUUUGACUCCGUUUAAAUAUAUUAAGCUUUUUUUUUCAUGUUAAGCCUCAUUUAUCAAACUAUUUACUAACGAAUUUAUGUGUAAAGGAAUUACAAGUCAUGAAGUUUACGUAUAACACGACCGGCUAACAGGAUCAAAGCUGUCGGGCUCAAAUUAUUUCCAUUUCUGAACAUUUUACUUUUUUUUUGAGUGUUUGACUUGAUAACAAACGUCAUAAAUGAAGACGGUGGCUUAGUGGUUAGCACGUUCGCCUCACACCUCCAGGGUUGGGGGUUCGAUUCCCGCCUCCGCCUUGUGUAUGUGGAGUUUGCAUGUUCUCCCCGUGCAUCGGGGGUUUCCUCUGGGUACUCCGGUUUC